CGUAAGGAGGCGUGGCAUCUGCUCGUGACGGGGCGUGACCUCGCGCCCCGCGCCAUAGGGGCUUCAGACCCGGAAGUGGCGCCCUGGGCUCGCGGCGGCGCCGCGGGGAUGGCGGGAGCCGGAGCUGGAGCGGGAGCUCGCGGCGGAGCGGCGGCGGGGGUCGAGGCCCGGGCUCGCGACCCGCCGCCCGCGCACCGUGCACACCCACGCCAUCCCCGGCCUGCAGCGCAGCCUUCGGCCCGCAGGAUGGACGGCUCAUCCGGGGGCCUGGGCUCCGGGGACAGCGCCCCAACCACCGAGGCCCUGUUCGUGGCCCUGGGCGCGGGCGUGACAGCACUCAGCCACCCGCUGCUCUACGUGAAGCUGCUCAUCCAGGUGGGUCAUGAGCCAAUGCCGCCCACCCUGGGCACCAACGUGCUGGGGCGGAAGGUCCUGUACCUGCCGAGCUUCUUCACCUACGCCAAGUACAUCGUGCAAGUGGACGGGAAGAUCGGGCUGUUCCGGGGCCUCAGCCCCCGCCUCAUGUCCAAUGCCCUCUCCACUGUGACCCGGGGCAGCAUGAAGAAGGUUUUCCCCCCCGACGAGAUUGAGCAGGUUUCCAACAAGGACGACAUGAAGACUUCGCUGAGGAAGGUCGUGAAGGAGACAUCCUACGAGAUGAUGAUGCAGUGUGUAUCCCGCAUGCUGGCCCACCCGCUGCACGUCAUCUCGAUGCGCUGCAUGGUCCAGUUCGUGGGACGGGAGGCCAAGUACAGUGGGGUGCUGAGCUCCAUCGGGAAGAUUUUCAAGGAGGAGGGGCUGCUGGGAUUCUUUGUUGGCCUAAUCCCCCACCUCCUGGGCGACGUGGUUUUCUUGUGGGGCUGUAACCUGCUCGCCCACUUCAUCAAUGCCUACCUGGUGGACGACAGCGUGAGUGACUCCCCCGGGGGGCUGGGGAACGACCAGAAUCCAGGUUCCCAGUUCAGCCAGGCCCUGGCCAUCCGCAGCUACACUAAGUUCGUGAUGGGGAUUGCCGUGAGCAUGCUGACCUACCCUUUCCUGCUGGUGGGCGACCUCAUGGCGGUGAACAACUGCGGGCUGCAGGCUGGGCUCCCCCCCUACUCCCCAGUGUUCAAGUCCUGGAUUCACUGCUGGAAGCACCUGAGCGUGCAGGGCCAGCUCUUCCGGGGCUCCAGCCUGCUCUUCCGCCGCGUGUCAUCAGGGUCGUGCUUUGCCCUGGAGUAACCUGAGUCACCUGACCGCACCGCACAACCUGGCCCCUGGCUCGGCCUGACCAUCAGCAGCUCCUCCACGCCCGCCUCCGUGUGUCUGUCCAGCUUUGGGGCCCGGCGGUCAUCGGAGCGGAACCCCCUGCCCCCCACUCCCGUGCAUUCCUCUGUGCAGGGCCGGUCCGGUCCCGCCCAGCACGUUGGGAGUGUCCUGCUGCUUCGUACCCGGGUCAUCCCCUUUGUGAGGUCAUGAGGUCGCUGUCACGGCCAGGCCCUCGCUAGAGGCGGACACCCGGUCCUGCGUCCGUUUUUCUCAACACUACUUUCCGAUAGAGGGCCGCACUUCUGAACGGGAAAUCAUGGGACUCCCCGGAACGUGUCCCCUCAUCUCACGCUUCUCCGUGUACCCGUGACGCCGCGCGUCAGCCCAGCCGCCCAGGUGUCUGUGAAUCCACGGGAGUUAGGCGGAUCGGUGUCUCUAGGGCUCCCCGGUUUAAAAGCCCCUGGUAAGAUUGGACCCCACGCCCCUCUAAUAAAUGUAUUCAUGGCGAUUUGGA